AUGGUGUACCUUCCCCAAGCCAAGCUGCCUGCAACCCGUCGGCUGAACGACGCUGACCCUCGGGACCAAGACUACUUCGCGCUCCACCUCCACUACCUCGGCCAGUGGACACCCCCUGACAUUCCUUCCUAUCCAACCACCAUGGCGGCCACUCAGUCCACAGUCAGGCCGACACUGCCUCAGCCCAAGGGAGUCCGUUACAUCGACCCCGAUAUCGCCUCUCCCUCCGGUUCGGAGACUCCACCUGCGUUCCCGCCCGUCAACGCCGAGCCUGCCGAGUACUAUGGCGGUACCCAAGUCUACUCGCGUGCUCGCACUCUCAGCACUUCUGGCGCCAUGGGCUUCACAAAGUCUCGCCCCAUGACCAUGAAUGGCGAGGUCAUCCAGCGCAACCGCCGCCUCUCGCACGACGAGACUCCCACCACCCCCCGCCGCUUCCUGGUCGAUGUCGAGGAGACCAUGCGUCUUGUUCUCGCCCAGGAGGACACUGAUAACAACUGCCAGAUCUCCAUCCACGACUCGGGUCCCAAGCUCAUUUCCCUCGGAACUGCCUCGUCCAACGCUUAUCGUACCUGGGAUGUUCGCGGUAACUACAUGCUCUCCAACCUCCUCCAGGAGCUGGCCCUCGCCCGCGACUAUGGCCGCCGCUUCAUUGUCAUUGACGAGGCCCGCCUCGCCGAGAACCCCGUCGACCGUCUCUCCCGUAUGAUCAAGAAUUCGUUCUGGAACGCCCUCACCCGCCGCAUCGAUGCUCAGGGUAUCGAGGUUGCAUGCAAUGACCCCAAGAACCGUGCCCGCAAGCGCAACGCUCGUAUCUAUGUCCCCCACACCGAGCUUGAGAUGCUGGAGCACUACCGUCAGAUUGCCAAGGAAAAGCCCGCUCUCCAGCUCGAGGUUAUUCAGCUGCCGCCCGUGCCCGACGACCCGGAGUAUGUCAAGUCGCUCAACGAGAAGCCCGGAAUCCUCGCUCUUGCCAUGAAGAAGGGCGCCGACGGCAAGCUCGAGGCACUUCCGUUCGUGGUGCCCGGUGCCCGUUUCAACGAAAUGUACAACUGGGACAGCUACUUUAUGGCCCUGGCCCUCCUUGUUGACGGUCGUCUUGACCUGUGCAUGGCCAUUGUCGAGCACUUCAUCUUCCAGAUCAAGCACUACAACAAGAUCCUUAAUGGAAACCGCACCUACUACCUGUGUCGUGCCCAGCCUCCGUUCCUCACCGACCUUGCGCUGCAGGUGUUCAACCAGCUUGACCGCAGCCAGAUGGCCGAGAACAAGCAGUGGCUCAAGCGCGCCAUCCAGGCCGCUAUCAAGGAGUACCACCGCUACUGGAUGGUCGAGCCGUCGCUCGACGUCAAGACGGGUCUCUCGCGUUACCGUCCCGUUGGCAAGGGUAUUCCUCCCGAGACUGAGGCCUCGCACUUUACCCACAUCUUGCAGCCGUUUGCCGACAAGCGUGGCAUUUCCGUCAACGAGUACAUUCUCGGCUACAACGACGGCACGAUCCAAGAACCCGAGCUCGACGAGUACAUGCAGCACGACCGCGGUGUGCGCGAGUCGGGCCACGACACGACCUACCGCCUCGAGAAGAAGUGCGCCGACCUGGCCACCGUGGACCUCAACUCGCUCCUCUACAAGUACGAGAUUGACAUUGCCUCGGCCAUCGAGUGCAUGUUCGACGACGAGCUCGAGAUGGAGGAGGAGUUUGACCUCUCGCCCUGGCCCAUCACGCCCGAGGCGUUCGCUGCUGGUGCUCCCCGUGAAAAGUCGACGAGCCGCCCCAUGAAGAGUGCCGAGUGGUACGCGCGCGCCAAGGCGCGCCAGGCCAAGCUCGACGACCUGUGCUGGAACGAGGGUCACGCCAUGUACUUUGACUAUGACACCAAGCUCGAGCGUCAGGCCCCUUACGAGUCGGCCACGACCUUUUGGCCCAUGUGGGCCGGCUGCGCGAGCGAGAACCAGGCCCUGGCGCUUGUCUACAAGGCCAUGCCCAAGCUCGAGGUCGCUGGCGGUCUCGUGUCCGGUACGGAAGAGUCGCGCGGCACCAUUUCGCUCGACCGUCCCAACCGUCAGUGGGACUACCCCUUCGGCUGGCCCCCGCACCAGAUCAUGGCCUGGGUCGGUCUGCAGCGUUAUGGCUUUGAGGAAGAGGCCAGCAGGCUCGCAUACCGCUGGGUCUACAUGAUGACCCUGGCGUUUGUCGAGUUUAACGGUGUGGUGGUCGAGAAGUCGAACGUCGUGUCGCUCUCGCACUUUGUCGAGGCCGAGUACGGUAACCAAGGCCUCGACUUCCGUUACGUCAACCGCGAAGGAUUCGGCUGGACCAACGCGUCCUUCCAGAUUGGUCUCCAGUGUCUUACCACGGGCAUGCGCCGCGCUGUUGCUGCCUGCACCUCGCCAUGGGACUACUUUGGCUUCCCGGCCCCGCAGAUCGACAAGGUCCUCCCCUCGGCCCCCGUCCCCGACGAGCACGCGCCCAAGCCGCCCAAGCCGGCCGAGCGCCGCGCCAGCGACGUGCGGCAGGUCCCCACUCUCCAGCAGAGCAUUGCUCAGCUCAAGGGCAUGAGCCUCUCGUCGUAA